CGCAGCAUCACAUCGACUGUGAUUAGUGUUCAUAACAGCGCGCUACACACUUUGCGUUCAGUCAGCAGUGACAGCCACUCACAGGAAACGCUGCAAGGUCUCUUGUGAAUCCUGGAAGAACUUUCGUGCUUUUUUCUGAACGCAGAUUUUUUUUUUUCCUCCCUUCUGAGGCGAAUUCAGCCCUACUGACACACUGAACUACAAUCACUAGUCGACCGCCCCGAUCGCUUCUGGACGCUGGACGCUUUUCAGUCAUCAUGCUGGACGUUCACUUAGAAAAGAAAUGAAUUCUUUUAACGAAACGUCGCCUGAGACUAUCCUUGGGGAUUACGAUUACGUUUUCGCCGAUGAGACUUAUAAACUCCUGACUUUCACCAUCGGAUCUAUCGGUGUGCUGGGCUUCUGUAACAAUAUAAUCGUUAUUAUUCUCUACUACAGGUUCAAGAGACUCCGGACGCCGACUAAUUUGUUGAUAGUGAACAUAAGUGUCAGCGAUCUGCUGGUGUCAAUCACCGGAGUCAAUUUCACUUUCGUCUCGUGUGUGAAAAGAAGAUGGAUCUUUAAUUCUGCCACAUGUGUUUGGGAUGGGUUCAGCAACAGUUUAUUCGGCAUCGUGUCCAUCAUGACUCUCUCCGGUUUGGCGUAUGAGAGAUACAUCCGCGUGGUUCAUGCCAAGGUCGUUGACUUCCCCUGGGCCUGGAGGGCCAUCACGCACAUCUGGCUGUACUCUUUGGCCUGGACCGGAGCUCCUCUCCUGGGAUGGAACCGCUACACACUGGAGGUCCAUCAGUUAGGCUGCUCCCUCGACUGGGCUUCCAAAGAUCCCAACGACGCUUCCUUCAUUCUCUUCUUCCUCCUCGGAUGCUUCUUCGUCCCCGUGGGUGUCAUGGCCUACUGCUAUGGAAACAUCCUGUACACUGUGAAAAUGCUGCGCUCUAUCCAGGAUCUGCAGACCGUUCAGACAAUUAAGAUUCUGCGAUAUGAGAAGAAAGUGGCGAUGAUGUUCCUGAUGAUGAUUUCCUGUUUCCUGGUGUGCUGGACACCCUAUGCCGUGGUCUCCAUGCUGGAGGCUUUUGGCAGGACGAGUGUCAUCUCUCCAACGGUUGCCAUCAUUCCCUCUCUCUUCGCCAAAUCCAGCACUGCCUAUAACCCCGUCAUCUACGCUUUUAUGAGCAGAAAGUUUCGCAGGUGCAUGCUACAGAUGCUUUGUUCUCGUCUGACCACUUUCCAGCACAACAUUAAAGACCGUCCCCUGGCCCGCAUCGAAAAUCCUGUACGCCCUAUUGUGAUGUCACGUAGUCGUCCCGACCGGCCCAAAAAGAGAGUGACCUUCAGCUCUUCCUCCAUCGUAUUCAUCAUCGCUAGCAAUGACACUCAUCCUCUGGAUAUUACCUCCAAAUUCAAUGACGAACCAGACAUCAAUGUAAUUCAAGUUCGACCUCUUUAACACUCGCCACAAAGACAGUAUAGUUCAUUAACGUCACACUAAUUUAACGUUUAUAAUAUGCAGAGGAUACGGAAGCAUCUUUUUUUAUAUAAAUAAAUACGAAAAAUAUGGGAAAAAGAUUUUUUAUUGUAUUGCAGUGCGAGCUGUUUUGUGUUCCUUCCCAAUCAAGAUUUGUGUGAAUUGUAAUUACUGUUAGUAUUUUACGAAAAACGACUCGGGGUUGUUUUCGAUCAAUUGUGUUCUUUCUCCAUCCUUUCAGACCCUGAAACGUCAGCCGGUUUCAUGGGAUAGUGAGAUAACCGCAGCUUAGAUUGCUCAGUCCGUGAGCAGACUGCAUUAGUGAGUGUGCUCGGAUAGAUUAGCGACACAGCGUUAGUACAAGGACUCUUCUAGGACGGGACACGCAGCGCCUUCUGCGCACAUUCAGCCAGGCCCACAGCGCCCCCUGGAGGAAGCGAAGUGCGCGUCCUAUUCAAAAGCAAGCGAAACAUCACUAUUUCUACUGCUCGGUGUUUAGAUUAGGGCUUUAAAUGAACCCUAAAUAUUAAACUUUGCUGAGUUUACCUCAAACUGAGUUGCAUCUUGAGAUGAGCCGUGUUUACCCUUUUCUAUCCACCUUUUUCCUGACGUAAAAAUGGACGCUGCCAUUUGUAAUUUCUAUGAUACUAGCUUCCGGUCUCAUCAGUGUCCAGUUUUUUUGUGGUUUUUUGUAGCUGUUUGAUAUUGAAAAUUGGCAUUUUAUUAUGUUUAACAUGUCUGCGUCCCUACUGAAAAUCAUAACUAUUGGUGUGACUUUGGAUACUAUAAUAUUUAAUCUGAAUUAGGGUGACCAAGAGCCAUUUUACCAGGACUCCUCGUGGUCAGGAUUUCUAUAUUGCCUAAAAUAUUGCGCGCAGACCGAUCGGUGUAUGGCAUCGGUUCCUUGUGUUUUCAAAACGCUCUCAAACCCUACAGAAAUCCUGGCAAGCACGCGUGUGUCCAGGGAAAAUAGCUCUUAGGGUCACCCUAAUCUGAAUCAAAUAAAGAUUCACAAACCAUCGAGU